AUGGCCAGCCAGUUAUGCCUCCCUGUCGUUCAGCCCCUCUCGUCCUUGAAACCCUUGAAGGCCCACUUCCGAGACAUCCAAGAGGGCAUCUGUGUAGCGAUCCAGCGCAGUGACGGGCGGAUCCACCUCGCUGUGGUCUCAGAGUUCAAAAGAGAAAACGCUUGGGUUACGGUAGAGUGGGUCGAAAAAGGAGUCAAAAAAGGCAAGAAGAUUGAUCUAGAGACCAUAUUCCUGCUGAAUCCUGCGCUGGCCUCUGCUAAACAAUCCACGCCCUCCAGGUCAUUGUCUUCCUUGUCUCUAGCGCCCUCUUCGGCCACCGGGGACCAACGUGUGGCCACGCGGUGGAUUGCAACGAUCCCCCAGAAAAACGAAACACCCUCAGGGGACAGCCUAGCUGUGGAAGUCCCCAGCAACCCUUGCAUAAUGAAGUGGAAAAAGUCUCCGUGCCUCCGAGAAAUUGAGAAACUGCAAAAGCAGCGGGAGACUCGCAGACGGUUGCAGCUGGAGAUCCGAGCCCAACGAGCCCUGGGUGUCCACAUGGGAAACCCCAACUACGAGAUCAUGCGCAUGAUCGAAGAGUACCGCAGGGACCUGGAUAGCAGGACGAUGUCCAGCCUGGUGCCACGGGAGGACCCUCGGAUCUGCGUCUGCGUGAGGAAGCGGCCCCUCAAUCAGCAAGAGAUCUCCAUGAAGGACUUGGAUAUCAUCACCAUCCCCUCGGACAACGUGGUCGUGGUGCACGAGUCGAAGCAAAAAGUGGACCUCACUCGCUACCUGGACAACCAGACCUUCUGCUUCGACCACGCUUUCGAUGACACGGCCUCCAAUGAGCUGGUGUACAAGUUCACUGCCCAGCCGCUGGUACAGUCCAUCUUCCGCAAGGGCAUGGCCACCUGCUUCGCCUAUGGGCAGACAGGCAGCGGGAAGACGCACACCAUGGGUGGGGCCUUCUCAGGGAAGGCCCAAGACUGUUCUAAAGGUGUUUAUGCCUUGGUGGCGCAGGAUGUCUUCCUCCUGCUCAAAACCUCGGCUUAUGAGAAGCUGGACCUCAAAGUCUAUGGCACAUUUUUUGAGAUUUAUGGGGGCAAGGUAUAUGAUUUGUUGAACUUCAAGAAGCAGCUACAGGUCCUUGAGGAUGGCCAUCAGCAAGUCCAGGUGGUCGGGCUGCAGGAGCAGGAGGCGUGCUGUGUGGAGGACCUGCUGAACCUCGUGGAACAAGGCAAUAGCUGCCGGACUUCUGGACAGACAUCGGUCAAUGCCCACUCUUCCAGGAGCCACGCGGUGUUCCAGAUCAUCCUCAAGUCACGAGGGGAACUGCACGGCAAGUUAUCCCUUGUUGACUUAGCUGGGAACGAAAGGGGAGCUGACACUGCCAAGGCCAACAGGAGAAGGCAGCUGGAAGGGGCGGACAUUAAUAAGAGUCUCCUCGCGCUCAAGGAAUGCAUCCGGGCUUUGGGUCAGCACAAGUCUCACACGCCAUUCAGAGCCAGCAAACUCACCCAGGUGCUCCGGGACUCCUUUAUAGGCCAGAACUCCUCCACUUGCAUGAUUGCUACUAUCUCUCCAGGGAUGUCCUCCUGUGAAAACACCCUCAACACUUUAAGAUAUGCAAAUAGAGUAAAAGAGUUAACUCUAGAUUUCAGGUCCCACCAUCGUCCCUAUCCAAUUGGACAUGAGGUGACAAGGAUGUUGGAAAAUCACAUUAGAAAUUCAGAAAUGUCCCUUCAAAGAGAUGAAUUUAUUAAAAUAUCGUGUGUACAGAGUGAGGAGGAGGAAGAGACUAGAGAAACUGAAACAUUACCCACCCCAUUAAUGGAGGAUGCAACUUCAUGGAAGGAAUCAAGCCAAUGGCCAGGGAACAACAGCCAAGAGGCAGAUGCUGGGGUAAACUAUGAUGUUCAUUUUUGCAUUGCCAAGGUAUUGUCGAUUUUGGAGCAGAAAAUAGAUAUUCUGACUGAAAUUCAAAAGAAACUGAAAUUAUUACGAGCUGACCUCCAACGGAAGAGAAAGGUAGAGUGAAGCCAAU